AUGAUCGUUCUCUCAUAUGGCUCUAGGCUUUGCCUCUGCCUCGGCCGCAUCCUAACCCUCGUCGUCUCCUCCCCCGAUGCUGCCCGGGAUGUCCUCCGCACCCACGAUCACAUCUGUGCCAACCGCUCCUCCACCACCGUCACCUGCAUCCUCCUCGAUGGUUGCAGCGACAUGGCCUUCGCCCCCUAUGGCGAUGAGUGGAGGCAACGCCGACAGAUAUGCACCCUCCACCUACUGAGCCCCAAGAUGGUACAGUCCUACGCUCUGGUUCACGAGCAGGAGGUGGCCACCAUGGUUGCCGCCAUCUGCUCCCGUGGAUCGGCAGCGGAGAUCGACAUGUCCCCCAUCCUGUUUGCCUUCUCCAACGACAUCUUGUGUCGGAUAGUCACGGGGAAGAAGUUCGAAGGGAAGAAAGGGUUGUUCUCGAAGCUCAUCUCAGAGAACUUGGUGCUGCUGGCCAAGAUUUAUCUCGGGGAUUACCUCCCGUGGCUCGGUUGGGUGGAUUGGUUGCUCGGCAAGGUGGCGCGAGUGAAGAAGAACCAUAAGAGGUGGGAUGAUCUGCUGGAUCAGGUUAUCAAGGAACAUGAAGAGCGAGUGUCGUCGCAUGAUGAGAAAGAUUUCGUAGAUGUUUUGAUCUCCCUUCAGAAGGAUCCCCGUGUUGGAAUCCAUCCUCACUCCGGAAGUCAUCAAGGCGCUUCUUCAGGUAGAUUAAUUCUUCCUCUGCUCAACUUCCACAGCAAAUAG